CAGUUUUUUUCACCUGAAAACCUCAAUAAUGGAGGAAGUGAAAGGUCAAAGCAAUGGAAACAACAAAACCAAAACCAUGACAAAACUCAAGAGGAAAGAACUAGGCCUCUCCUGCAUGCUAAACACCGAGGUCGGCGCGGUCCUAGCAGUGAUCCGGCGAGCACCGGAACCCAACUCCCAUUUCCUCCCACCCCAAGAAGACAACUCUGACACAUCAAUACUCCAAUCAUUAAAAUCACUGAGAGCUCUCAUUUUCAACCCUCAACAAGAAUGGCGAACUAUCGAUCCCCAAAUGUAUAUCUCACCAUUUCUCGAUGUUAUUCAGAGUGAUGACAUCCCCGCGGCUGCCACGGGGGUGGCGUUGUCGUCGAUUUUGAAGAUUUUGAAGCUUGAGAUAUUUGACGAGAAGACGCCCGGGGCGAGGGACGCAAUGAACGCGGCGGUGACAGCAAUAACGGGGUGUAGGUUGGAGAGGACAGCGCCGGUGUCGGAGGAUGCGGUGAUGAUGAGGAUUCUGCAGGUGUUGGCUGCUAUCAUGAAGCACCGGGCGUCAGUUUUGUUGACCGAUCAUGCGGUUUGUACGGUGGUCAAUACUUGCUUUCAGGUCAUGACUGGCCAGUCAGCUAGCCGGGGUGAUCUGCUGCAACGCAGUGGAAGGUAUGCGAUGCACGAGUUGAUACAGACAAUAUUCACUCGUCUCCCAGACAUUGAAGUAAAAGAUUGGGAGAAUUCAGAAUCAGACACAGAAGACACCAACUUAGAUUGUGGGUAUGGCAUUCGCUCUGCAGUUGACAUCUUCCAUUUCUUGUGUUCUUUGCUGAAUGUUGUUGAAGUUGUGGAGACUGAGGGACUGAUUGCUCAGACUGCCGAUGAAGAUGUGCAGCUUUUUGCUCUUGUUUUGAUCAAUUCAGCAUUGGAACUGAGCGGUGAUAGCAUAGGGAGCCAUCCAAAGCUGUUGAGGAUGGUGCAGGAUGAUCUCUGUCACCAUUUGAUUCACUAUGGAACAUGUUCAAGCCCUCUGGUUCUUUCCAUGAUUUGCAGUACUGUUUUGAAUAUAUAUCACUUUCUUCGCAGGUCUAUUCGUCUUCAAUUAGAAUCAUUCUUCACAUUUGUGCUGUUUAGAGUUGUGAAUUUGGGACACUUCAUUCAGCUCCAAGAAGUUGCAGUUGAAGGAAUCAUAAACUUUUGUAGACAACCCACAUUCAUCAUUGAAGUCUAUGUCAACUAUGACUGUGAUCCCACCUUCCGGAAUGUUUUUGAAGAUAUCGGAAAAAUGCUCUGCAAGCACGCAUUUCCAACUGGCGGUGCUCUGACAAGUUUACAGGUCCAAGCCUUCGAAGGCCUCGUAGUCAUAAUUCAAACCAUUGCUGACAACAUAGACAAAGAUGACGAUUCAAGCCCUUCUGGUCCAUACCCGGUUGAGAUUUCCGAGUACAGGCCUUUUUGGGAAGAGAAAUUGACAGAUGACAAUGAAUUGGCUACUUGGGUCGAAUUUGUCAGAAUGAGAAAGGCUCAAAAAAGGAAAAUUUUGAUUGCAGGGAAUCAUUUUAACCGUGAUGAGAAAAAGGGAUUGGAGUACCUGAAGAUAUCAAAGUUGCUUUCGGAUCCUCCUGAUCCGAAAGCACUCGCUAUUUUCUUUAGGUACACGCCUCGGAUUGACAAGACCAUGAUUGGAGACUAUUUAGGGGACCCUGAUGAGUUCCACAUUCAAGUCCUGAAAGAAUUCACCAACACUUUUGAGUUUUCCGGGAUGAUUCUUGACACUGCUUUAAGGACUUUUCUGGAAACUUUUCGGUUGCCAGGAGAGUCCCAGAAGAUCCACAGAAUUCUAGAAGCAUUUUCGGAGAAGUUUUAUGAUCAACAAGCGUCCGAAGUUUUCGCAAACAAAGAUGCAGUGUUCAUUCUUUGCUAUUCUCUCAUCAUGCUCAACACUGAUCAACACAAUCCACAAGUGAAGAAGAAAAUGACAGAAGAGGAAUUCAUCAGAAACAACCGAGCUAUCAACGAAGGCAAAGAUCUUCCCAGAGAGUACUUAUCUGAGCUUUUCCAUUCGAUUUCAAUGAAUGCAAUCAAGCUUUUCGGGCAAUCUGGUACUCCAAUCGAAAUGAAUCCAAGCAGGUGGAUUGAGCUAAUGAACAGAGCCAAAAUAAUGCACUCUUUUAUAUUGUGUGAUUUUGAUCGACGGCUUGGAAGAGACAUGUUCGCAACAAUAGCGGGUCCCUCAGUUGCAUCGCUUUCAGCAAUUUUUGAACAGGCUGAUGACGAAGAAAUCCUCCACGAAUGCAUCGAAGGGUUGUUCUCGGUUGCAAGGAUUGCUCAGUAUGGACUAGAAGACACUCUUGAUGAACUUUUAGCCUCAUUUUGCAAAUUCACUACACUGUUGAAUCCAUAUGCGUCUUCAGAAGAGACCCUUUAUGCGUUUAGCCACGAUAUGAAGCCGAGAAUGGCAACUCUGGCGGUUUUCACUACCGCAAAUAGUUUCGGGGAAUCGAUCAGAGGUGGUUGGAGGAACAUUAUUGAUUGUUUGUUGAAACUCAAAAGGCUAAAGCUUCUCCCUCAAACUAUUAUUGAACCCGAUAAUGGUUCUGCCUCGUCAUCUGAACAUGGAACUCACUCAAAAUCCGAGUCAUGUGUGCUCUUCCCCAAACACAGUCGUCGAGGUUCCGGUUUGGUAGGCAGAUUCUCGCAUUUUCUGUCAAUGGAAAGCAUGGAAGAAAAUUUGAACCUCGGAGUGAGCGAAUUUGAGCAGAAUCUAAAAGUCAUCCAACAAUGCCAAGUUGGGAACAUCUUCACCACUAGUUCAAAAUUGCCCGAUGAACCGUUGAUGAAUCUUGGGCGUUCCUUGAUAUUUUCUGCAGCCGGGAAAGGGCAAAAGUUCAGCACGCCGGUGGAGGAAGAAGAAACCGUUGGAUUCUGUUGGGAAUUGAUCCUGACCGUUACUUUGGCGAAUACUCACAGAUUCACAACUUUUUGGCCUCAGUACCAUGAUUUUCUGCUCGCAGUCACUCAAUUUCCUCUCUUCUCCCCUGUUCCAUUUGCAGAAAAAGCCAUUGUUGCACUCUUGAAGAUAUGUCUCAAGCUCCUUUCCUCGUACCAACCUGAAAAACUCCCCGAGGAGCUCAUUUUCAAGUCUAUAAAUCUAAUGUGGAAGCUCGACAAAGAAAUUAUCGAUACUUCUUGUGAAUUCCUAGCACAAUCUGUAAGCAAAAUCAUCAUAGAUUACCCGGCAAAUUUGCAUACGCAAAUGGGAUGGAAAUCGGUUCUUCACUUGUUAUCGGUCACUGGGAGGCACCCUGAAACCUAUGAUUUGGCCGUUGAGACACUCAUCUCGUUGAUGUCUGAUGGAAACAACGUAUCGCGCACAAACUAUGCUUAUUGCAUUGAUUGUGCAUUUGGUUUUAUCGCUCUAAAAAACACUCCAUCGGAGAAAAACAUGAAAAUUAUGGACUUGAUGGCAGAUUCUGUGAACAUGUUAAUCCAAUGGUACAAAAGCGGAUACUCAGAUCCUGGAAGCAGUGUGAGUAUGGUGAGCAACACGAGUUGCUCGUCUUUAGAAGAAAAUUUGAAAUCUCUUGGCUCGACUAGCUUCACUGUGAAUUUAUUCGUCAAGCUUGGUGAAGCAUUGAGAAAGACUAGCUUGGCACGACGCGAAGAGAUAAGAAACCAUGCCAUCUCAGCCUUACAAAAAAGCUUCACAUUAGCCGAGGAACUAUACUUCACACCGGCAAAUUGUAUAAAUUGUUUUAACCUUGUGAUAUUCGCAAUGGUUGAUGAUCUACACGAGAAAAUGUUGGAGUAUUCGAGGAGAGAGAAUGCGGAGAGAGAGAUGAGAAGCAUGGAAGGGACAUUGAAGAUUGCAAUGGAGCUAUUGACAGAAGUGUACUUGCAAUUCUUGAAACCGAUAUCGGAGAAUUCGGGGUUUAGGACAUUUUGGUUGGGGAUAUUGAGGAGGAUGGAUACAUGUAUGAAAGCUGAAUUGGGUGAGUAUGGAAAUUCAAAAGUGCAAGAGAUAAUUCCAGAUUUGUUGAACAAGAUGAUCACAACAAUGAAAGAAAAUGAGAUCUUGGUGCAAAAGGAAGGUGAUGAUUUGUGGGAAAUUACAUAUAUUCAGAUACAGUGGAUUGCUCCUUCCCUCAAGGAAGAGCUAUUUCCUGAAGAGAUGUAGAGAGGGUAUGGGAUCAAAAGGGUAUUAAAAUAAUUUUACAUCAUCGAUGAAAAAAAAAAAAAAAUUGUAUUGUAAUUUUCAUUUUUUAGAAUAGGGUUUUCUUGAGAAUAAAAACGACAAUUCAACGCACAAGACUCUUAUUGAAAAAAAGUUUGAAAAUAGAAUGAUGUAUGGACUCUUACUUCCAUUUUUGAAGAAGCUA